UUUCUACGUUUAGGAAAAGCUGCUCGAGAAAUGUAUUUUAGAGUCCUGGCUGAAGAAGAAAAAAAUUCUGUUAUUGUUCUAAAUUAUGCUCCUGGUCCCCUAUUGACUGAUAUGUUACCCCAAAUCUUACACCAAGCAUUACCUGAGAUAAAGCAGCAGUUUCAUGAGGCACAGUCUCAAAAUCAGCUUCUUACAUGUGAUUACACUGUUCAGAGGUUGAUUGGAGUUCUAGAAAGAGCAAGAUUUAAAUCUGGGGAUCAUGUUGAUGUAUUUGACAUGAAUUAUUAACUAAAUUAUCUUCUCAAGAAUCAGGUUUUGGGAGAGACAUCAAAUAUAUUUCUUCAUUUCGAGCAGUAAUCAGUUGUAUUGUUUUGCGAUCAAAAUGAAAGCCAUUUAUUUUCAUAUUCAAAUGAAAGAGAGAAAAAAAAAAGAAUGUUUUGAAAAUUUUUUGAAUGCUUAUUUGAUAUUUUUGCUAAUAAAGUUGUCCAUGUCUGUA